AUGGCCACGCAUACGCCCACGCUCAGUCAGGGAGCCGGUGCCGCCGCCGCUGCUGCUGCAGGACCUCCCGACAACACACACGAAACCCAAGGCGGUGUCUCGUCACGCCGUUUGAAGAAGCGGGAAAUCGACCGACGAUGUCAGCGUCAAGCUCGCGAACGCACAAAGUCCCGCAUCGCCUACCUCGAGGGUCUCGUGGAGGAGUUCCGACGCCAGGACUCCAGCGGCCAGGUGGCCACGCUGUUGAAGCAGUUGAAAGAGGUGGAGUCGGAGAGAGACCUCAUGGCCAAGACGUUGAAGGACAUACAAAAGGCGAUGCAGACACAUAAGCCACUCAACAAGCCGAUGGUCGAGGAAGAGGUGGAUGACAAGAGCUCAGUGCUUAUGGCGAGAAUGGCCUACGACGAGGCAAGUGUCGAGAGGAGGUCGAGUGUUACACCUCUCCGAGACGAUGCUCCUCUAGCCUUCCAGCAGCCCGAAGCUGUGGAAAUACAACAGUCAGGAACCAGCCCGGCGAGGAAUUUCGAGCUGGCCACUUUCUCGCCCACACCAAGCUUACCAUUGCAGUGUCAAGAUCUUCUCUUUGCGCCGGAAGUGGUCCCCUUGCAGUCCGAUGGAACCCAUUCUCCCUCCCAGGUCAUGGUGCAAGCCAAGGGUGUGAAAGAGCAGGAGCCCAACCCGAUGCCGAGCAGCUGGAACGACAACUGGGCUGUCCCGCGACAUUCCUGCUCAUGCCACAGCUGUCACGAUCGUAAACCCGGCCGUCGUUCCGUCUGGCGGGGGAACUACUGGGCUUACGCAAACGAGGUGCUAAGCGAACGCUUCGAUUGGAACGAUGAAGUGGCCCCGGAAUCGGACGACCUGUGCGACGAUGUCCCAAUUCGUGCGCUGAUCGAAGGGUGGGAUGCCGUAGCAAAGCGAGCUCCCUUGCACCCGUCGUGGAAAAUCCUGCGCCGCAUCGACGAGACCCUGUUCGCCAUGUGUCCCAACACCGAACGUCUCGCCAUCAUGCGAGCAAUGCACACGCUGUUGCAAUUCCACACGUCCUCGACCUUUGAUCGCUACGCACGGCUCCCGCCAUGGUACAUGCGUCGCCCGUCCCAGAAGAUCGCUCAUUCCUACGCCAUCGACUACUUCGCGUGGCCCGGCGUGCGGGAACGUUUCAUCUUCAACGAGCACGACUAUUGCGGCAACGAGUUUUGGCAUCUGUUCUGCAAAUCCCUCCGGAUCCUGUGGCCAUACGAGUUUCGGGAUUGCUAUACUCGGGAAAUCGAGACCGGGCUGUACAAGUUCUCCCCAAUGUUUGAUCAGCGACUGAGGGACAUCAAGAGUUGGACCAUGGGGCCGGAUAUCUUUAACAGGUUUCCCGAGUUGUAUAGCGACAUGCCGGCGUUCAACAACAUUCCCCAGUCACCAUGUUCGUCCACAGGCAGCCUGAUGCCUGCACAGGUGCAGCCCCCCGCAAAGAAGGCGAGAUUGCUUCCACCGUCUCCGUCACCAAGACAAACCCAGACCCAGAGGGGCUACGUUAUCGAGGAGGAAGAGGAAGAAGUCAAGCCACCUCCGGCGGGCAGCCAAUUUAUCCCUGUCGAGAACCUGCACUCGCACGUCGUUCAGACACCUCAGCAGCAGGCCCACCAGGAACACCAUCGCCAGCAGUCUCACCAUCAUGGGUCGACUUUGAAUCCCCAUUCAUACAACCCAGCAGACUUCAACCCGAUAAUGGCACUGGAUGCUUUCUCAUACGGUGGGAUUAGUGACGCGGACUUUGCAUCUGCAUAUCAUUCUGAGUUGAUCGAGGGCUAUCCGAACCUGAUCUUUUGA